AUCAAAGCAAGAACACCGAUCAGACAGCCAGUUUCUUGGAUGACAAAUGUCCAAUUUGUCUGUGUGACUUCACUGAUAAGAAAACCUUAAUUAAAUGUGGCCAUUCAUUUUGUGCUGGCUGUAUUGAAGAAGCAUUUAAACAUCAGAAGAAAUGUCCACUUUGUUCACAAGUUUAUGGUCCUUCGAUUGGAAAUCAACCUCCAGGAAAGAUGACUGAUAGUGUUCAGUCAAUGCAUUUGCCCGGCUUUGAAUCCUGUGGUACUAUUGUUAUAGUUUACACAUUUGAUAGUGGCGUCCAAGGAGAAAAUCAUCCAAACCCUGGUCAGCGAUACACUGGAACACAACGCCGUGCUUAUUUACCUGGCAACAAAGAAGGGCGAAAGGUUCUUAAGCUGCUGAGGAAAGCUUUUGAUCAGAAACUGACUUUCACAAUUGGUCGGUCGUCCACAACUGGAGCUAGUAAUGUUAUAACUUGGAACAGUAUUCAUCAUAAAACGAGUGUGAUAGGAGGACCAACAAG